GAAAUGGCAAAAACAAAACAGAACUUACCUUAGGAAGAAAAAUGUAUGAAAAUGAAAAGUGGGCAAGAGAAACAGCGUUCUCUCUCUCUACAUAACAUGAGAAUCAUGCUUUUCUCUCUCUCCUUCCUCAUUUCCCACUAUCUCUAGUCUUGCCCAUGAUUAUAAGCACCAAUCUCGAGAAGAUAAAAAAAAAACAGCUCCCUCUCUCUCUCUCUUUCUUGUUUCAAAGUCUCUUCCUUUUUGGGCGUGUCUUCAGGAAAAUUUGGAUUUUUCUGUUUUAGGGACGUUUCUUUGUUUCUUGUACUUGUGGGUUUUGUUUCUACUUGCUGCUGGUUGUCACGCUUUUUCUUCUAACUAACUGUGAAAGCUUGUGACGACCGUAUUAUUAUUAAAGUCUCUGUUUUGUUCUAUUGUUUAAGUGAUGGCUACUGAGGAGAAGCCUCUUGAUUCAAGCCAUGGUGAUUCUGCCACUUCUUCAAAUAAGAAGUCAGAAGGAUCAUCUGCUAUAACAGAAGAGACUUCUACAAAUGUUCAACAAUGGAGGAGAAAGAACCUAUCUUUGCAGAUACCCACCAGAGCAACUGGUCUCUCCCCUGAAGACUCAGUUGUAAUCAAAAUGCCUCCAACUCCUAGUCCAACUCCAAGGAGAGUGAACUUCUCUUUGACUUCAACUUCUCCUGGUCCUGCUUCUGCUACUGCCCAUCCACGAGGAAAAUCUUCUCUGAAGAAUCUGAUCCCAAAAGUUGGGUUCAAACCAAAAACCUCUCAUACCGAUAUCGAAAAGGGACAAGGGGAUGUCUCUUCUCCUUCUGAAUUGCAGGAGAAGGCUUCAAUAUCCAGGUCAUUAUCACUAUCAAAGCUGUUUACGCCUAGGAUCAAGAGAACUUCAUCUCUUCCUGUGACUCCCAUUGUUCUUUCAAAGUCAGAGUCAGCUCACGGAGGAAGCAGUGCUACUCCUCAAACUCCACGUUUGCAGAGGCAAGGGAGGGUGCGGAUAGCUAGAUCUCUCUCUGUGCCUGUUAAUGACAAGGAAGCAAGCUUAAAGAGAAUGGAUUCUUUCUUCAGAGUGAUUCCUACUACUCCUCGCGUAAAAGAAGGAGACGUUUGCUCAAAUGCAUCAGGGGCUGGUAAUACUGAAACAUGUGAUGCUGAUGGUGAAGACAUACCUGAGGAUGAAGCAGUUUGUAGGAUUUGUUUGGUAGAGCUUUGCGAAGGAGGAGAAACUUUGAAAAUGGAGUGUAGUUGCAAAGGAGAACUUGCUCUUGCACACAAAGACUGUGCUCUUAAAUGGUUCACCAUAAAGGGUAACAAAACCUGUGAGGUGUGUAAACAAGAAGUCAAGAACUUACCUGUGACACUCUUACGGAUCCAAAGCAUUCGAAAUUCUGGUGUUCAUCAGCUUGAUGUCAAUGGGUACAGAGUUUGGCAAGAGGUCCCUGUUCUAGUAAUCAUCAGCAUGCUCGCUUACUUCUGCUUCCUCGAGCAGCUCCUGGUUGAGAAAAUGGGUACGAGUGCAAUAGCGAUAUCACUGCCAUUUUCUUGUAUUCUUGGUCUUCUUGCAUCCAUGACCGCAUCAACCAUGGUGAUGAGAAGAUUUGUCUGGAUUUACGCAUCAGUCCAGUUUGCUUUGGUGGUUCUCUUCGCCCAUAUAUUUUACUCCGUGGUGGAGUUGCAACCAGUUCUGUCGGUUCUUCUGUCAACAUUUGCUGGAUUUGGUGUCUGCAUAUGCGGAAGUUCAGUGAUGGUUGAGUUUGCGAGAUGGAAACGUAGAUGGCAAGCCAGAAUCCUAGAGCAGCAGCUGAACCAUUCUCAAACGCUGGAUUCAACAACCUCUCAGCAUCAUCCAAAUGCCUCGUAGAGGCAAAAAGUGGAAAGAUGAAUCUUUAUUUAUACAGUAGUUGGGUUAAUGCUGUGUAUGGUUUGUAUAAAAAAGAAAAGUGGAAAGACUGUUCUUGUCUUCCUUUCUUUACAUACAACGAUUGUAUUAUUGUAUGUUUGCAACUUUCCCAAUCACUACAAAUGAAAGGUUUGCAGUAGUACUAGGUUUAUAGUCUACACGACAAGAUGUUUAUUAAGUUGGUUCUGUUACCAUA